AUGGACCUCCACUUGAAGCCCCAGCUGCCCCUAACCACCCCACCUCGAGCGACCUCGGCCACCUUGCCCUUGACCCAUGGAUCCGCCCUCAAUUCACGACCAAAUGACCAACCGACGUCCCAGGGGCCGUUUGCAGGGCAAGGCGAGAGCGCCCGAGCCGACCGCCGUUCUUCUCGACACCCUCACCAUAUUCACCAUGGGACAGAUCAACCACCCUCGCCUGAUAGUGCUCACCCCGACUCACGACCUCGAUCGACUGUCAAACCACUGUUCGAGCCGCUCGGGCCAGACGCGCCGAAACCACAUCACCGACACAAGCAUAGCAAGUCCCGCGAGCUUCGCCUCCCGCGCCCCAUGAGUCAACUAGCAUCAUCCGCAAGCGCGCGAGGUUUGCUGCCCACAUGGAGCCGGGAAAGGGACCGGGAGGGGGAUGAUGGGCUCCUGAGGCCGAUCACCCGGGAGACAACGCCACGAUCUCGCUGGGGAUCAGAUUCCACGAGCGGGGUGGGCUCUAGCAGCCGAAAGGGCAGUCUCUUAGAUACUCAGGAAUCGCAUGAGCGGCUGGGCCCGAUUCGGCGGCAAGAGAUCCAGUCCAUGAAUGACUUGGAGCAGGUCAAGAAACGGCGCAAACAGGGUGAAGAGUAUCUCCGCUCCGCGCUCUCGUCAAUUGGGACUCUUGCUACGGAUGUUACGCGGCGACUCGACUACACAUACUAUAACCUACUGGAGAAAAUCACCGCUCUCAACUCCACAAUUGGAUCGUUCCAGGAACUAUCGGAGUCAGCCUCCACCCUCCUCAAUAAUUUCGAGCGCGAGACGGCCGGUUUGGAUCAGGAGAUCCGUAAGCAAAUCAAUGAUCUCAAAGGUUUUGAGCCGCAGAUUCGGAAGGCAGAUGCGUUGGAAGAGCGCAUGAAGAACGGGCGGCAAAAAGUCGAGACCCUCAGCAAGCGACUAGAGUCAGUCCGACAUGAGAUUGAUCGCUGGGAGCAGCGGGAAACCGAAUGGCAAUCGCGCAUCAGCCGUCGGCUGCGCAUCUUCUGGGCCACUGUGGUCGGCGCUUUGGUAGUGCUGAUAUUGGCUUUGCUUCUCCAGAAUUGGCCCGCCAUGCAUUUAUCACAUCGAGUCGAGGACCCGACGCUGCCCACCGAGGUUGUGAAGCUUGUUCAGGGGGAGUUCCGGGAGUCUGGCUAUUCAUCAGAGACGUGGGACUCUAUUCUGGAGGCUCGAGAUUCCCCCGGUGACUCUGCCGCUUCAUGGUACCCGUCGACGCUGGAAGACCGUCGACGGAGUCUAGCCCGGGUGCAAGGCCACGCAACGAAUCUGGAACAGACCAGAACCAGUUCCCAUAUUGCUUUGAAUCAAGAGCAAACGGUGCAUGAUCAUGACCCUCUCAGGCUGCUGGAUGAGCUGUAA